GUGUUGUUGGUGAUUUGCUUGUUUUCAAGUCGCACGUAUAAUUCUAUGUACUUGUGCUUGCAUGCGUAUGCUUUUGCAUGCAUUGGAUUUAUGCACGGUCUUCUCUCGUUUGUGCGUUCUUUUUCGAGUACUAUUGUGUGUGUGUGCGCGCGCGCGCGUGCGCGCGUGCGUGAGUGUUUGUGUGUUUAUGUGCACUUGCUACUAUGUACCAAGCUGUCCGAAAGCUUCCGAAGGUUACGCGUCUGCGAGUACCUGCUAAUAUGAAUUCCAGAUGCCCGGGCACGAUCGAAUAAUAAACGAGUGACAUCAAGGGAAUUUACUGGGAAUGCCACUUUGAAAAUAUUUUCGCAACGGUUUUCAAGGACAUGAACCAUUUACUUUGGUUUCUCCUUGUGUGGAGUUCCAUUUAGUAGGGGUCAAGGCUGGGAAAGAAAAAUAGAAUGGAAGUCAGCGGAAAGUCCCUGCAAAAAAGCAAUAAAUUGCCCGUGAGUGUACAUGCACAUGUGACUGUAUGUCUGUGUAUAGAUGUGUGAAUGUCUUACUGUGCACAUUGGGUGUUGUGAAUAGGUGAGUUUGUGUUGGUGUGCUGCUUAAUGUUUAGUUUUUGGUCGCCACAGCAAAGUACCUUGAUAGAGAUCAGAGAUUUAUCAAAUUCCAGAAUUUGCAUUCAGGAAGAACAGAUCGUGGUUGUGACAUGGAGCUGGGCGGCGGGGUGGGGGGUGUGUUAUGAAGAAGGUAAUGAUCCGAGAUGCAGCGAAGACUCGGAUAAGAGGAACAAAACGGAGUCCUGAAUGAAACAGAAUGAAAGUGGUGUAGCUGGAGUAAGCUGGAAUUGGCAAGAGGAGAACAAUAACCGACACAGCGGAAAAAUACGAAAGAAGAAUUUCUAAGUAAUCAAUGCAUCAACAACAGGAUUUCAGUGAAUAACAUAGUAGUAACAAACCAGUGGGAAUUAAGACAGGAGUGGAAAAAAUCAGAGAGGCCAAAACGAGCGAACGCAAACAACCACGGCGAAACUAGAUGGAACAGCAUUCAAGGGGACGUACACUUGAUACGAGUGAGGAAGCAGGAAUUUAGGCAAACGGUGGGGAAAUUUAAAUCCACACGUUUUGUAAUUAUGUUGUGCUGUUGCACUGAAAAGAACUUCCUGAUGACAAUCACCGUUGUUAUACAUCCCGGUUUGGUCAAUUUCUCCCGAUUUCGUGCUUUUGAAAAAAUAAAACAAAUACAUUUUCAAAACAAUAUUCUGCUGCAUAGUUCCGACAUCUGUUAAAUAUAACGGACACCAAUCAAAACAGUGACCAUGCAGCAUAAAUGCAAAAGAACAACUACCACGUUUGUGCAUGAACUUCUUUAUUUGGUUAAUUUGUAUGCAUUUACUGUAGUCACUUGCGUGUAUAUUCUCUUUGAAUAGAGAUGAAAUGUAAAUUAUAUAUUACACGAUGUAUUUAACUAUCGUUUACAUUAUCACAGCUACCAAGAAACAAGUUUUGAGACUGUUUAAUCAGCAAAAUCAGCAGAGUGCUCUUUGUCUCCGUCCAGUGGUCAUCAUAAGAAAUGUAUAUAUCCUUCCAGCGCUCUCCAUAAUGAUGCGUGUUUUUUUUUUUAUUCCUGAUCCUGGAGUUUCCCUCAGGUCUUGUGUUGUCUAUUCCAUAUUCUCGGCUCUUAGUCACUGGAUAUGUUUUCGUACCACUUUCAAAAACAUCCUGUGGUUUCAUGUCACCAACUUAUAUUGUUAACAUUUUUACGUUAAAUCCAGCAAACAGGUCCUGUUAUGGACGGGCAUAAUGAAGGAUGAUCCACCUUGUGGCUCAAACAAAAUAAGGGAAUUUAACAAAACAAAAUACAAAAGGAACCACUAGGGGUAAAAAAAGUAGGUAAAUGACAAAAACUAAGGCAGGAAGCAACACAGGAACAAGAAUGGAGCUACAUAGGAUGAACUAUAGCAGAACAGUAGCAAACAUGGGACAACAACAGCUACAAACACACAAUCAGGUAACAAAUACUCACAGCCAAACUUGGACCAAACACAAAGCAGCAAGGCAACGAAACUGACUCGAUGACCUCUGGCCAGCCUUAAGCCUACAAUGGAAAGGGAAGCCUGGAUGACACCACCUACUCAGCCCAUUAAUCCAUGCCGCGGCACAAGGAAUAGACGAAACAAAAGGAGCUAAUACUAAAUGGGAUGACCAGUGACACCUGCUGGCCAAAAGGGGAACUGACAUAAUGAAAGGGGACAGGACAGUGGCUGAUGCUGACAUUACGCUCCUAGGAACGUGCAAACUACAGGCUUGCAAGGGCAUUGCUAGUACCACAAAUACACAGGAAAAAAACAGUGACCAGGAACAACACAAGACUUGAUAUAGGAACUCAGGAGACCAAGGGAUCAGAAAGACUGGAGCAGAGCAUAACAAAGGGGACCAAAGAGAAAUAGAUGGAACAUGAGGAGCUGGGUCAGGACAAUCAGAUUAGGGAACACUAUCAGGAAUUAGAACCAGGACUAGAAGCACAUGGGGGUCAGACAGGAGACCCAACAGGUACACGAUCAAGGGACCAAAGAGGGAACCAAGACUGAUAUGGUAGGCACAGGACUGAGGGACUGAAAGGGAUUUGGUGGGAAAGGAAGGGAACAAACAAAGGGGCACAUCUAGGAGGUCAAGUAUCACAUGGACGACUGCAGAACACUGGGGGUUUAACCAUGAACAGGGAGAGAAACAGAAAUAUGGGCAGAGGGAACCGUUGUGGGCAUAACUGGGGGAUGCAUGGCUGGGCUGAGCGGCUGCACCACAAGAGCUGGCAAGGAUGGAAUAAGGAUGAAUGGAAAGCACAGAUAGUGUAUUCUGAGAACACCAAAGGCAGGGACUCUGAAUAAGCGGCAGCCUUCCCUGGACAGGGCUCUGGAGACACGGUGACCUCCCCAGAGCAGGGGUUUGGAGACAUGACCGUCUUUACUGGGCAGGAUUCUGGAGAUGCAGCAGUCUUCUCAGGGCUGGGCUCUGGAAAUACGGCAGCCUUCCCUGGGUAGAACUCUGGACAUGCAUUGGCCUCUCCUCAGCAGGACUAGGGAGACACGGUGGCCUCUCCUCAGCAGGACUCUGGAGAUGCAGUAGCCUCCCCUGGGAAGGGGUUUGGAGAUGUGGUGGCCUCCCCUAGAGAGAGCUCUGGAGAUGCGGCCGUCUCCCUUGGGUAGGACUCUGGAGAGGUGGUGGCCUUCCUUGGGCAGGACUCUGGAGAGGUGGUGGCCUUCCUUGGGCAGGACUCUGGAGAGGUGGUGGCCUUCCUUGGGCAGCACUCUGGAGAGGUGGUGGCCUUCCUUGGGCAGGACUCUGGAGAGGUGGUGGCCUUCCUUGGGCAGGACUCUGGAAAUAUGGUGGCCUCCCCAGGAUUGGGUUCUGGAGACAGGAUGGCCUCUACAGGGCUGGGCUUUGGAGAUGUGGCGGCCUCCCCAGGGCUGGUCUCUGGAGAUAUGGCGGCCUCCCUAGGGCCAUGCAGUAGCUCAUGGAACAGUUGAAACAUUUGGAGCUAACAUGAAACAGGAUGGCCAGUGACAUGUGCAGGGGAACUGAUAUAAUGAGAUGGGGCAGGGCUGGGGCUGAUCCUGACAAGGAAAAUCAUGUCAUUGCCACUGAUAUUGAACGCAGGUUCAAAUCCCUUCCAACAGUACCCAGCAAAGCAACAGAUCUGAACUCUCUGGAGGUGAAUUCAACAUUGGCCCAGCUCCAUGCAGACCUGCUGCUGUUUGACCUCCAUUUUGACUGGUUGAAUAGUGUGACAAAGAGACACGAGAAUGCUGCUUUGGCUAAACUAGGAGAGCUGAUGCAUCUCCUCAAGGCGCUCAGGGUGUCCCUCCAGCGGCAGAUGUCAAAACUGGAGGUGACACCACUACGUGCCUCUUCUCCGUCUCUGCCGUCCAUUCCUGUGUCACAGUGGGAAGUAGUGCAGUUGUCCCUCGAGCUUCUGCAGCAGUUCCGCCUCUACUGCGACUGGACAGUGCGUGUCUUACUCAGCCUCAAGCUGAAAAAUUAACGGCCGACUGGGCAGACAGCCAAUGCAUCCACGCCUGCAGGCCAUCAUGUGCCAACGCUCUCUCCACAGUGACUGUGGGGACAGUCUGCUUUGCCCCCUUUUCCAUGAUUUGUUCAUGACAAUUUGUGUUAUUUAUCUAUCUAUUUAUUUAUUUAUUUAUAUUAAUUAUUUAUUUGAGGAUUGUAUUUAUUUGUUCUGUAUCCUAUCAUUGAUAUCAUUACGUAUUUUGUAGCAUUAAGGUGUGAAUUAAGAUGUAAGAUUCCUUCAAACACUUCCUCUGCCCAAGCUUUCUAUCACGCUAUUAAAAUAAAGAGAGAUAGUUACGGAAGCACUUCUUAGGUUCACAGAACCUUAAAAUUCAAUUGAUUGUAUGUCAAAAUAUACCAUUGUUUAAACCAUACUUUUCUUUUUUAGUUUUUAAUCAGCGGUUGUUUUUAUACUGCUGCUGGUAAAUGUAGCAAUAGACUAAGAAAUGCAGUUUUUUUCUGUUUUCAUGUGGGAGUUGGGUGAAGUUGCUGCUAGAUACUGAACCUAGAUCAGCGUUCACUGGCUAUGAAUAACAUUUGGUUAGCGCAAAUUAACUAGUAGCAACUUCAAACAUAAACAUGUAAUGUAUAUUUACCAAUAUCUGUAGAUAUUACCUCCUAAAACUGAUUCAGAAUCUUUUUUGCACAGUUUGGUUAUGGUUAUCCUGGAUUAGUAUUUGGGGGUAAACAUGUACUCUGUGCAAUAUAGAGUAUGUUCUUUGAUUAAAUUAAUAAUGAUAUUUUUGUAUUUGUGUUUAAUAAAGCACUCGGAAUUUGUAAUACAGUGUAAGCGGCAUAUUGCAUUAUAUUGCAUUUUUUUGUAUUGUACUGUCAUUUUUCUAGCAUAUAAUGUACUGUAUUAUAAGAAUUUCAAUUUGUAUCAAUAUAAUUGUAUCUCGGUAUCAGUAUUUUUUCUCAGUUUUUAAAACUUUGGUACAGUAUUUUUUAUUUAUUACGUUUAGGUCAAGGUUUAUUAUUUAUUGAUUCGUGUGGAAGCACGACUUUUGUUAUUUUUUUUUAGUAUGUAUGAGCUAUUCUCAUCACGAUCAUCAUUGUUAUAUAUAUAUAUAUAUGUGUGUGUUAUUUAAAAUAUUGAUGCUUAGUAGUACUGUCCUACAACUAAAAUGAAUGUUCAUAUAAGUAAGGUAUGGUUUGCCUACAGUGAUGAACCGAAAUGUGAAACGUUUUAUUGGGGAAAAACACAAAAAAAUGUACAAACGUAAGAGACAAAUAAAGAAAAUGG